AUGUAGUGCUUAUAAUAAUUGGAUUUUCUAAACUCUGGAUAUUGUUAAUGGAAUAGAUCUUCAUGUGUACUUUAUACUACAAAUCAAGAUUGCUAUAAAAUUGAUGAAAUAAAAGCUUGUUAACCUAAUGGAAAAUAUUAAACCAUAUGCUGCCCUUUAAAUUUACUUAGUAUAUAUUAUAAGAAUGUAUGUAGAAUAACUACAAUUAUUGAAUAUAAUUUUAUUAGAUAUUCCAUUAAAAUGACAGGUUAUCCACAAUUUUUAAUUUCUAGUCUAAUUAUCGCAUAAUUGAAAAUUGCUUAACAAUAAAUUAAACUUCUUAUAUCAUGUCUUAACUAUCAAUAUUCAGAUUGCUCAUAAUAAGGAAUUAUAAGAUAUAUUAGAUUAAUAUCGUUUAUUAACAUUUCAAUCUAUAAUUAUUAUAAAUUUAAUUUACUUAGUUAUAGAGAAACUUUUUGUACAUCCCUUUUAUUUGGGAAAAAUGCUGAUUCCAAAUUUUGUAAAAUUUAAGAAAUGAUACAUAUACCAUAAAUAACGCUGAUAAAUAAAAUACUCUUAUUAAAUUCUGGAGUUAUAGUAUAAGGGUAUUAAUAGAAAAUGGUUUAAUAUAUUAAAAAUUAUUAAACGAACUAUUAUUUUAAAUUUUGCUUAGACUACUUUCUCAAGAUUGUAGAUUUCUCUAGAGGGAUAAAAUCACAUCACUUCAUUAAUAUUUGUUAAAUAUGA